AAAAGCCACCAAAAUUACCAAUAGGGAAUUGUUAAGGUGGCAAGUUUCGUCUCGAGUCGAAUAUAUUUUUAAGACUGUAAAUAAAUAAGUACAUAAUAUUUGACGCAAUGGCCCCAAAGGAAAAAGAUACUAAGGAUAAGGAGGAAAAGAUCGCAAAAAUAAAUAAAUGGGACGGGUCUGCAGUUAAAAAUGCCAUAGAUGAUGCCGUGAGAGAAGUACUUACAAAAAAAUAUAACUAUGUGGAGAAUUUUGCACUGAUGGAUGGUCGAUUAACUAUUUGUGGUAUAGCAGUAGGUGUAGCCAUGUUUGCCUUACUUUGGGAUUAUCUGUAUCCUUUUCCACAGUCUCGGCCGGUUCUUAUACUCUGUGUCAGUACAUACUUUAUUUUGAUGGGAAUUUUAACCCUAUACACCACAUAUAAAGAAAAGGGAAUUUUUGCUGUAUGUCUUCAAAAGGACGGUUCUAAGAAAGAAACUAUUUGGGAAGCCAGCUCAUUUUUGGCAAAAUACGAUGACAAAUAUAAUUUGACUCUCGCCCUGGUAGACAGUAAAACGAAACAGAGACGGGAGACAAGUUCGAAGAAAAGUGUAGCACACUUUAUUGAUGUUAAUGGUUACGUCGUCCCCGAACAGGUUGAGAGCGAAGUGUCCAGACUGCACAACUCUCUAUUGAGCGAACGCAAAACAAAAUGAUCUGGUCAAGUUUGCGUUUUCUGCAUUUAAAUUAUUCCACAAUUUUAUAUUUUAGAAUAAAUUGUUUGGUUUGGA